AUGAUGUCCAAGGUCAUGUCCAUAUCUCACAUUACUCUCUAUGUGUCAAACGCCAAGCAAACAGCUAUUAAUUACUGCUUUCAGUACGGAUUCAGACCAUUCAGAUACAGAGGUCUCGAAAGUGGCGAUCGUUUGCAGUCAUCGCAUGCAGUCAUCAAUAAUAAUGUGAUUCUAGUGUUUGUUUCGCCACUAAUCCAUUGCGAAGACAAUGACCACAUCAGUGGCCAUAUUGCCAGACAUGGAGACGCCGUCAAAGAUAUAGCAUUUAAUGUCAAUUCAUUGGAUGAAUUGGUGCCACAAUUAAGACAUAAGAGUGGACAAGAUGUGAAACAAUGGUGUGAAUCAGAUAAUAACGGAAGUGUCAAGUUUUCAAAGUUAUUAGCCUUCGGAGACAUAACCCAUACACUCAUUGAACGCAAUGAUUAUCCGAAAGAUCUAUUCCUUCCCGGAUGGCAGUCAUCACCUCUUCAGACAGUCCUCAAGAACAGCAUUUGGUCGCAGUUAGAGCCCAUUGAUCUGCGUUUCAUAGAUCACGUGGCGGUCAACCAACCGGUCGGCCAAAUGUCUUCACUCGUCAAUUGGUAUGAAAAUGUAUUGGGGUUUCAGAGAUUUUGGUCAGUGGACGACACCAUCAUUGGUACCCAACUGUCGGGCCUGAGGACCAUAUUUAUGACCAAUGAAAAUGAAAACAUCAAAAUCCCUGUCGUAGAGCCGGGUCCCGGAGCCAAACGCUCGCAAAUACAAGAGUUUCUCGACUAUAACUAUGGUCCAGGAGUUCAACACAUUGCUCUGUAUACCAGUGAUAUUUGUGUUACUGUGGCUAAACUUAAACUCAGAGGAGUGGAGUUUCUCUCGACUCCAGACAUUUAUUAUGAACGGCUGACCGAAAGACUCAAAUGCGAUGAUGUGGUAAAGCAUGAGAUUUGCAAACUACAGGAGCUGCGAAUUCUGGUUGAUUUCGAUGAAAAUGGAUAUUUGUUGCAAAUAUUCACUAAACCAGUGGACGAUAGACCCACUCUUUUCUUUGAAAUCAUUGAAAGACACAAUUAUAAUGGUUUCGGUGCCGGAAAUAUUAAGGCUCUCUUUGAGGCCAUCGAAGCCCAACAAAUACUUAGAGGCAAUCUAUAGAUCUGUUUUAGCCAUUUAACACUUAUAG